AUGGCGACUCCCUCGGUCUCUGUGGCAGGUGCCUCAGAUAUGGACACUGGGCAGGAGUCAACCUCUGUGGAGGAGCCAACGGCUGUGGACGAGCAAGCCUCUGAUACAUCUGAGGAAGCUGUCAAGGUCCGAAAGCCUAAAAAAGCUAUCUCAAAGAAGAAGAAGCAGCUGCCGGAGAAGUCAGAGAAACCAGAGAAGCACCGCCGCUCUCUCCAUCUUCUCCAGCGCCAACGCAUGAAGGAAAAAGAGCUUAGAGCAGCCCGUCUCUUCAGACGCCGCUGUAGGAACAGCUUCUCCAUCUACUUUCCCAAGGUACUAAGACUUGUCCAUGUGGGUCUCACCCUGUCCCAGAGGUCUGUAAGCAUCUUGGAUUCUUUCGUAAAGGAUAUGUUUGAGAGAAUUGUGACGGAAGCAAGCAAUCUGGCCCGUCUAAACAACAGCACGACUAUCAACUCCAGAGAGAUCCAGAGUGCAGUACGCCUUCUUCUUCCAGGAGAGAUGUGUGAUCGAGCAAUAGCUGAAGGUACCAUGGCCAUGCUCCGGUACAUCUCCACCAAGUGA